UUCGGGCCAAAGCUUUGCUGCUCUGGAAUCCUCAGCUUUUUCGCAUAGCUAGUGAGAACGUCAGACAGCACGGUUUGCUGCAUCGAACGAUCUUUGUUUGCACUGUCCGUCCGGGUACCGUGUGUGCACUGGUGAAAAUUCCAAGAUUUAAAAUAGUAAAAAAGGGAUAUAAUCUCACUGAAUUGUCUUUGGAAACAAUCUACUCUAACGAAAUUGUAACAAUUAAUUGCAUUGUGAUAAAUAGCCAAUUUUAAACGGAAUUAUUGUGUUAAGGUUGUUACGUAACGGUUGUAGUUGCAAAGUUUAUCCAAAAUCUAUCAACAGUGAACACAUCUAGUUGCUGGUCCCGAGGAGUGCACUAAACAGAUCAAAAUGACGUCGAUAAACGUGGACAAGUACAAGCUGUCUGACAAAACGGCCAAACUCACAGCGAAAGACAUUAUUCCCGUGAUCCAAUCAUCGGAUUCGGUGGAAACUCGAGAGUUUCUGCAGAAGAUAACGGAGCUACUCAUUGACUAUGUCAACAUCCAGAAUGACCGCAAGGAGAAGAUCCUUGAUUUUCACCAUCCAGAGGAAAUGAAGAUGCUCCUGAACUUGGAUGUUCCGGAGCAUGCUGUUACUCUACAACAGCUGGUGAAGGAUUGCGCCACAACGCUAAAAUACCAAGUGAAGACGGGUCAUCCCCGCUUCUUCAACCAACUCUCCAGCGGUCUGGACGUAGUUUCAAUGGCGGGAGAAUGGCUUACCGCGACCGCCAAUACCAACAUGUUCACGUAUGAAAUUGCACCGGUGUUUAUUCUGAUGGAAAACGUGGUGUUAUCGAAAAUGCGCGAAAUCAUCGGAUGGAAGGGUGGUGAUUCGAUUCUUGCCCCCGGAGGUUCAAUUUCCAAUCUGUACGCUUUCCUGGCCGCUCGGCAUAAGAUGUUCCCAGGCUACAAAGACCAAGGAGCCCGUGCCUUACCCGGUGAGCUGGUGAUGUUCACGUCGGAUCAGUGCCACUAUUCGGUAAAAUCAUGUGCCGCCGUUGGUGGACUUGGAACGGAUAACUGUGUCAUGGUUCCAUCGGAUGAAUAUGGAAAAAUCAUACCAUCAGAACUGGAGCGUCUAAUUUUGGAACGAAAAGCACGUGGACAGAUUCCGUUCUUCGUCAAUGCCACAGCAGGAACCACGGUACUGGGAUCGUUUGACUCGUUGAAUGCGAUUGCCGACAUCUGCGAAAAAUACAACUGCUGGUUCCACGUCGAUGCCGCAUGGGGUGGAGGCUUAUUGUUUUCCAAGAAGUAUCGCCAUCCAAGAUUCUCCGGAGUUGAACGGUGA